UUAUAGCAUACGAGAGGAAGAUAUAGCCUGCAAGAUAUAAAACGCACUUGAAUCAUGAAAUGUUUCUUGCGCCUCUAUCCGUGGAUCUGUCGGGCAAGGAUGAAUAAUAGGCACUAUGAAUCAUUUUUCAUGACUGGAAAGCAGAUGGUGAUGUAUUUCUCACUGUGCAUUGAUUGACAAAGGAAUCUAUAUUUUGUGGCAGAAGUUGGGAAUAUGCAAAUCAUGCGAGUAAUGUUAGCUAUUGAUAUAGCAUUAGUAGAUUGUACUACAAUCGAGAAGCUUUAAAGUUAUUUUUAUUUAAUUCAGUGACGUGUCUGAGAAAGUGUCUGAUUUACUUAAGCGGGCUACUGAGGACACAAAGUAGGGCAUCAUAUCUAAAGAAACACUAGGUAUCAUUGCUCGGAUUAUUUCCCGACAUCCUCACUGAUGUAAUUGUAGCGAUUUGAAUGAUGAGCUAUUGUUCUUUUGUUGCAUCGAAGCAUUUGUUUUGACAUCCUUGCCCCCCGACUUGUAAACCCUGCCCAGCGGAAGCUGGGGGACCCGAACAGGGGGCGGAGGUUUGGAAGGAAGGAUCGAGAGAUAUAGGGGAAAAGGAAGAGUGAGGUCUGCAAGACAACUCAGUUUUUAUUGUUCUUGUCUGCAUCCGUCAAAGACACAGGCGUUUUCAAGGUGCAUCGAAAACUGAACGUAAUCAAUUCUGGAUUUCUUUAUCCGAUUCCUAUCGUCCGGGAUGAGGUUUAAACGGAACGGCUCCUAUACAUUGAAUAGGAAGUCUAAGACGAAGCCCAAUGGGAAGAAGCCGCCAGCGGAAGAGAAGAAGCAGUAUCUGGAGGCAGAGUUCACUAAAGUCCGCGUGGUGGACUUUGACCUGAAAGAGCUGGUGCUGCUGCCCAGGGAGAUAGACCUCAACGAAUGGCUCGCCAGCAACACGACGACCUUCUUCAAUCUAAUAAACCUGCAGUACAGCACCAUCUCAGAGUUCUGUACUGGAGACACCUGUCAAGCCAUGACGGCCUGCAACACAAUAUACUACUGGUAUGACGAGAGGGGGAAGAAGACAAAAUGCACUGCCCCUCAGUACGUCGACUUCGUCAUGAGUCUGGUGCAGAAGCUGGUCACAGAAGAGGAAAACUUCCCUACGAAAUAUGGCAAAGAGUUCCCCAACUCGUUUGACUCUUUGGUAAAGAAGAUUUGCCGGUACCUCUUCCACGUCCUGGCUCACCUCUACUGGGCUCACUUUAAGGAGACAGUGGCCCUGGACCUGCAGGGUCACUUGAACACUCUGUACGCACAUUUCAUUGUUUUCGUAAGGGAAUUCAACCUGGUCGAACCCAAGGAGACCUGUAUCAUGGACGACCUGUCCGAAAUCCUCUGUGCCCCCGUGCCCCCCACCCCAGCACCCGCCGCCCCUUCCUCCCCUAACUCGGCCCCCUCCCCCUCCUCACACAACCAUGUGACGGAGAGAUGAGCAGGGGUUGCCGUGACAAGCAGCCCUGGGAAGAAGACGGUAGAAGAUUAAGAUAGAGAAGAGAUGGAAACGUUCCUGGUCCCCUUCCUAGACCUCAGGCUCCAGCAGCAGGACUUAGAGACCUUCCACUAACCUGAUAUUUCACUGACACCAACCAGACGGAAGGAAGGUUUAUUUGGGGGGGGGGGGGGUGUUGUCACGCCAACAGGAAUUGGCGUGAGCGUGUUCCUUCCAGGGGCAAAUCCCUCCCAUCUGGUCUGCAAUUUAAACUAGGAACAAAUAUGUAAUGUUUUUUUUAUUUUAAUUUUGGUUUUAUUUUAUUCUGUUGGAAAAGUUUUAUUCAGUUGUAUUUGUUUUUCUCAUUUGGGACAGUGUUUCUGUUUGCCCUUCUCUCCCUCUGUUCUCUGCCUAAAGUACAGUUCAGGAUGGUGACUGCUUUGCUUGAACGUACUAUUGUAAAGUGUUGUUAUUGUGUGGAGAAGAGGUGACUCAACAAUGAGUAUUGGCUCUUCGCUCCAGCCUAGUGGUGGGAGGAUUGAAGGGGGAAGGUCUAUAGGGAGCCACGUUACUACCUAGUGGGACAAUACUAGCCAAUCACUGUUUGAGUUGUUAAUCUGGAGCUGAUUAAAGCGCUUCCUACUCAGGACCAGAGAGAACACAAGUCACUGCUAUUAUUCUCUACCGCCCUCUCUCUCUCUCUGUCCACAAAACUACUCUGUCCCUUCAAUAUUACAGUUGUCAUUCUCGUAUUACUUUAGUCAUGUAUUCACCUGAUGAACCCCUCUAUAACAUCCCUGUCCCAGAGGCCACCCAUAGGGGGCAGUAUAGACAGGGUGGCACUGCCACGCAAACAGGGAGAUAAAGAUAUCAAAAUUCUAUGGAAGCUAUUUAAUAUGACCAGACCCGCUAUUACAAGACAGACUGGUGCCCAUGUCUGGUUACAGGGGAGGUUGGUGGAGAGUGAAGACCUCUUCCCCAGGGAACUGCUGUUUGCUGCGGUGUGAUGGAGCGUUGGCCACCCUGCCCUCUCUAGCAGCACAGGAGAAGGACAAGGACAUUGGUAAUGUCUGCAGGCCCAGAAAGAGAGGAGAGAAAGGAGAAGUGUGGUCUGCUUUACAGUUCUGUAUUGCUGAAGAAGCCCCCCAGCCCAGCCCCUUGUCUUUUGGGGUUUUAUUUUCCCUUUUAAAUUAUCAAAGAGGAAACUAGUUAAUGAAAAAAAAUGUUAUCCUACACAUAUAUAGAAAACUGCACGGUCUGGUUCAUCUUCACUGUACAGAGAGUGGAAAGAGGAAUUAGACAGCCUCUGUAUCGAGGAUUUGGGUUUAUUAUUCUCCUUUUAUUUUAUUUAUUUUAAUUUUGUUUUGUUUGCAGGGUUCUUCAGUUCUGGCUUUCAUUUUUAUGUAUUUUAAUUAUUAACUAAGUUAAAAGCAAUUUAAUAUUUUAACCUCUGCUGAUUAUAAUCGAAUAAAAUACAUAAAUGCC